GGUUUGUUUUGUUUGUCGUAAGUCGACGCGCCUAGCGUUGGGUGGUCGACCUUGGAAAAGAGGAAUCUUAUAUCCUAUUUUGGGGUUUUACCACCCAACGAGCUAACCAGCGGAGACAUGUUUCGGAAAAUGACUUGUAUUUUAAAGUCUGCUGCACGAAAAUUCUCAAGAGAAAGUUGGCUUAGUUGCGUCGCUUUGCCACUAUGAUACUUCCUGCGACAACGGCCCAAGAGGACACGUCUAUACAAGAUGUCUCUCUGUUAUAGAAUUAAGCGCUUCUGGUCAAUUAUAUUCAAUGGAUUCUGGGUUGAAAGAGGACAGAGGAAUUCUUGCACAGGCGCGACAACAGAUAAUGCCAUCAGUGAGAGACAAAUUGAACUGAAAGGUGUUAGAAGAGAAAUUCUGGGCGCGGAGCGAAGUAGCAAUGAUGCAGUAACAGGUUGUCACCUUACGUCUCGCGGAAUACAAUUUUCUAGUCAAGAAGAAAUGGAUGGUUUUGACUCUAAGAUGGGCGAAAUGCAAACGAUAUUUCUAAAGGAACUUUCGGAAAUAAAACGACAGCACGAGCGACUCAAAGUCGGUCGAGUUAUCCUCAGAAGACGAGUGUCAGAAUUGGAACAAAUUCUGCAAACAGAUAUCACAAGUUUUGCAAGCACCGAUAUAAGGUCUUUUAUGGAGGAUUCGUCUUUAUCUAGUGAAGAGCUUCAACUUUUGGCAGAGAUGGAGGAGAUAUUGGAAAAGCUUGAAAAGGAGCAAGAAGAGCUUCUUUCGCUCGAAAAAUAUUUAGAAAUUGAGUUGCGUGAAAGAACGUAUUAUCCGGAACCUAUUAUGCCUCGCCACAGGAAAGUGGAAGACGAAUUCUCGAAACAGAUGAAAAAAGAUGGUGGCUUGAAGUACGAAAGCUUGGAUAAAACUGUUCAGUUUAUAAGUUAUCGUUCCCUUCCACCGCCCCUGUCGUUAGAUGAACUCUUAGAGCUCACUGAUAGAUGAGACUACAAGAACCUUCAUUGCUUGCCUCCUCGAGUCGAUCGAUUCACAGACCGGAAAUAAGCCCUUAUGGCAGGUGUUAGCAUACAUGCCUUAACAGGUUACUUUGUCGGUCGUUAGUCGUUGUUGUGUUUAAUUAGCGAGAAAUCUUUUGGGAUUGCUCUCCCAAACUGAAAUGAGGGUUCCCGAAACUGCUUCGCUAAACAGUGAACGAAACCUUAGCGACGAUAAGUAACUGUCAGAAAUAUACUUCAGGAGCACCACUGGCACAGGAUUACACUUGGAAUAGAUUAUACGACAUAAACUAAGAAGAUCUAAAAACAGCUCCAGUUGGUUGGUGCAUGUGAUAAACCUAUUAGCUAUUCCCUGGCUAUCAGUCGUUUUAUUGACUGACGAACAAUAUAUUUUUUAUUGAUAAGAGGGAUAUACUAUGAAAGCUCCAAUCAUAAAUGGUUAAAGCCUUAAGGCUUUAUUAAUCCGGGCUCUAACUCUCGAAUGAGUGGUUUGUACGUCAUGCCGGGGCAGUGAAUAAGUUGAAAUAGUUCAGGUGAAACCAGUAUUAUUAAUUCAAUUUAGCUAAUUAGAGGAAAAUAAUAAAAGUUAGAUAUUCCUUUUUGAGAUA